AUGCCUCGACAAAAAACCGUCUGGUGUGAUACUCUCGAAGAGCACAUCGUCUACGAUACCGCACAAGAAGAAGCAGAUCACGAAAAAAAUUGUCCGACCUGUCAAGAAACAAUGGGAGACUGGCGCCGUUCCGAAUAUUCCAUGGUCCGAGACCAUUACGGCUUCGUCAAGCGACCUGAGCCACCCGUUCAAUAUGAGCCCCCCGUCUGGCACGGGCCAAUUCGAGUUAAACGACCCAUUCGUACUGUCAUUUGGUGGGAGGAAAGAGAUGACACUGAACCCUCUGAGGAAUUCGAGGAGAUAAACCUUCGAGGCGAAACAGUCAAGUCGGGAGAACAACUCCUUCACCGCCUUCUCGGAGAACCUGACCCGGCCGCUUUGGGCAUCGUUCGCUAUCUCACCGUCGCUGAUCUAAACAGUCUCAAAUAUGUCUGCAAGAGCUUCAACCAUGCUCUUACUGGUGAUGGAGUUUGGGCCUGGAUUCUCACGAAACUUACCUUUGGCAACGAAUACGCUGGAGGGUGUGAUGCCUUCAACGGUCUUCGCCGUCUUACCAACCGUAUUCCAUUCUGGGAUACUCCCUCGGUUCAAAGAAUCAUCAAUCGCUGGGAUAUCGUUGAUGUCCUUGUUAACGUCAAUCUCGAUUCUACCGGCGUUGACGCCUCAUGCAUCGGAUUUUUCUUGGAGAAAUUCCAUUCUAUCAAGCGUAUCUCUGUCCGAUACUGCAUCGGCUUCAAAUUGGCAGAGUUCCUUACCAUCCUUCAAACCUACGCUGACCAGGGCAAGAAGGAAGCUAAGCGUCUCGAGAACAUCUUUAUUGACUACUGGGGUGUCGCUGAAAUCUACUCAGUCGUCGGCACUAUGGUUCUUGAUCAAGCUCUCAUCGACGAAACUGCCUACGUUGCCUCCAAGAUCCGUUACAUCACCCAACUCAUCGAAUCAAACGUCUUUCUCUGCUACCGCAAUCACUAUGAGGAAGGCCUUUGGGGUCGUGAGAAGACCAAGUUCCGACAAGAGAACGGAGAAGAAGCUACGUUCUCAACCUUCUAUCCUUCGGAGAUCGUCCUCAUUCAAUGCGCUCUUUGUAAUAAGGUCUACGAGCGUAGAUGGUGCCUUCGAUGCCUUAAAGCCAACAUCUGCACUUACUGCAACGACUAUCAUUGUCUCACUUGCGACCCGGCUUCAUACGCGGACUCUAUCAGUGGUAAGUCUCUGCUUGACUCGUCAUCUGGGUUGGGUACAGGAGGGUUGACAAGAACGAAACUCGUCCCAGAGGGCCAUUCCUUCACUCUUGCCCGUCUCCACGAAUUCGAUCACUGCUGUUCUGACGUUUCCGUCUUCUGGAACCUCAAACACUAUUUCCACGAUCAAUGUGCAAUCCAAGCCCGUCGUCUUGAAAGAUGCCUUCUGUGCAACAAGUUCAUCUGUUGGAACAUCCCAGGACUUCACUGUCCUCGCUGCGCAGUCCGCCAAUGUCCACAUUCUUCGGGUUAUUGUAUGCGUAUGUGUCAAUUUUGCAAAAAUGACUACGCAUACACUACUGAAUACAGGUCGGUUCCCGCCAGAGCUGCGCUUAUCAACAAGGAUUUGGGACAUUGA